GUAGUGUAUUGUAUUGUGUGUGUGUGUCGAUGGAAAAGGAGAAGGAAUUCUCAAGUCAAGUUGCAGAGUUGGAGGAAGCAAUAAACGUGUUGGAUUCAUCCCUCUCUCUUAUCAAAUGGCGACUCAAGUAUUCAAGCAGACGUCGACUUGAGAUAGAUAUUCUGGCCUUGUGUACUGGAAUGAGGCCAGUGAUAAUGGUAGACUAUGGUGGAAAGAUGCCCGAACUGCAGGAGAGGCUCUGCAAUCUUUUAAAACUUUGUCGAAAGAGCUCAACCAUUUUUGAGCAGCUGAGAGUAAUGGUUAUAGAAGAAAUGAUAUAUUUGGUGCACAUUAGUGAACUUGCUGAUUAUGUUAGGUCAAGCUUGAACUCUGAAGCAAAGCUUCUCUUUGUGGACCUUGAACAUGAUCCUCCAAAGAUGAUAAAACAAGCGGAGAAACACCAACUAGGUGUGCAGCUUAUAUCAAUUCAGAAGUUGUUCUCUUUAAAUUUUCCUGCUGGUGGAAUGAAAGAUGACACAUCGUCAUCUCAUAGUAUAGAUAUGGUUGAUUCUAAACCUGCCAGAAAUGAACUGAUCUCUUCUCACUCUUCCGAGAUUAUUGAUUUCAGUACCUGCAUGCAAGAUACUCAGGUCACCUUGCCAACAUUAAAUGGAUGGCUUCUUGGUUAUCCAGUGGUGUACUUGUUCAGCAAGGAGCAUGUAGCUGAUGCUGUUUAUAAUCUUUCUAUGAAGUAUCUUCAUAUUUAUACAAUAUCAGUCUGCAGGAAUGGGACCCCCAAUAAACAAUCUGAGCUAGAAGAACUCUUGAGUUUCUCGGUGCCUUACGGUUUAAGCAUAAGAGGGAGCAAAGAAGAAUGGGCCGAGGCAUCGUUGGCUCAUCUGCAGGAGAAGUGGGAAAGAUGCAAGAAUGCUUGGAGGUCUUUGCAGUUGGAGGUUAGUGAAUUAAAUCCACAGGCCAUUGUGUUGUAAUUGACCUCUUCACCCAUCACCUCGCAUCCUUACAGAUUAAAGUUGGUAGAGGAAAAUUGACUGACAGGGUACUAGUGAAAUUAUGUAUAUUUUCUAAGCAACUCUUAUAAUUGCUAGAAAGGAGUUUGAUGAAGAAUAUUAUCUAACACAAUGAAAUAAUAUAUUAAAUCAAGGACAUUUGAAUA